AUGAUGACGGAAAUUAGUGAAAAAGAAAAUGAACCACAGAAUCGAGACCGGGACCUCCAGCGUUCACUGGGAACGGUGCCUAUACAGCCCGAAACAAAGCUCCAGAGACUGAAGCGUUCCCUCUCCUUCAAGUCGGUGAUGCGCAGUAAAAGCGUGGACAACUUCUUCCAGCGGAACGGCGAAGCCCGCCUCCCCUCGGCCCUCAUCACCGAGCCCUCGCCGCAGGAGUCCGCUCCGGCCGCCGACCGCUCGCCGUCCAUCUCGCCGUCCAUCAGUCCCAACCCUUCGCUCUCAUCCCACUCGCCCUCCGUCAGCCCCUCCCUCUCGACGUCCUCCAAGGCCCACGUCCAGGCCCUGUCUCAGCCCAGCAAAACCCACUGUUUCCAGGAGCAUGUGUUCCGCCGGCCCACUUGCUGUCAGCAGUGCAAGCACAUGAUCCAGGGAAACUCCAAACAGGCGCUGCGCUGUAAAGCCUGCAAGCUAGGAGCUCACCUUUGGUGCUCCUCCGAGCUAUCCCAGCAGCCCUGCAACGGCAAGACGGGAGCCUUCAAGCGGAACUUCAGCUCUCCUCUUCUAACUAACGACAUGUUGGGAGUGGUCAAGGAAGCUCCUACGGCACAAGAGUCUGGUAAGGCAUGUGUUGACCCUGUAUAUGAGGCACUGCGCUACGGAACCUCGCUGGCUCAGCAGAGCCGGUCCAACUUCAGCAGUAUCUUUGAGUCACCCUGUCAUGAGGAUGAUACAUUUGAUGAGGGCCUCGAAUCUCAAACAAUAGCUGAAGAGGAGUCUGUACCAGGAAAUCUCACCCCCCCUGAAAGUGAGAAGGCUGAUUCAGAAGACAGGGUCAGCUUGAAGACUCCCAAACGCAUCGAGGUCCAUUCCAUACACACCUACGUGGCUCUGUACAAGUUCCUACCCCAGGAGAAGAAUGACCUGGAGCUACAACCCGGGGACAGGGUACAAGUCAUAGAUGACUCCAACGAAGACUGGUGGAAGGGGAAAAGCAAAGAGAAGGUGGGUUUCUUCCCUGCCAACUUUGUGCAGAGGGUACGCCCUGGCGAACGAGUGUGGAGGGUCACGGAGGGUUUCCAUGGCAAGCGCGAGAAAGGCCAGAUGACUGUAAAAGAGUCUCAAAUCUGUGUGGGGAAGAACGAGGAUACCGACGAGUACCUGAGGCUCAGCAGUGGCAAGAAGAAAGGCUUGGUCCCGUCCAAGUACCUCCUAGAGAUCUGACUCUGACCAGGGGGGGCUUCUCCUCUCCCGCACCUCCUCUGCCCUCCAGGCCCCUCUGCUAGCGCUCCCAGUUGGGCCUCACCACC